CGGUCUCGCAUCAAUCAAAGGGACCCUGCGACUCUCUGAGAAAAAAGAUCAUUGUAGAGAGAGAACGAAGAGAUCCCAAUGUCCACUUCAACAAUGGUGGGAGCUUCAAGCUCGUGGUCUCGCGCAAUGGUGCAGAUCUCACCUUACACCUUCUCAGCCAUCGGCAUCGCUAUCGCCAUCGGCGUCUCCGUCUUAGGCGCUGCUUGGGGGAUUUACAUAACUGGUAGUAGUUUGAUCGGUGCCGCAAUCAAAGCUCCACGAAUCACCUCAAAGAAUCUCAUUAGUGUAAUCUUCUGCGAAGCUGUUGCUAUAUAUGGAGUUAUUGUGGCAAUUAUCCUACAAACAAAGUUGGAGAGCGUUCCAGCAUCACAGUUAUAUGCGCCCGAGUCUCUUAGAGCCGGAUAUGCAAUCUUUGCUUCGGGGAUUAUUGUGGGAUUUGCUAACCUUGUUUGCGGGUUGUGUGUAGGAAUAAUUGGAAGCAGCUGUGCAUUGUCUGAUGCCCAAAACUCAUCGCUCUUCGUGAAGAUUCUUGUGAUUGAGAUCUUUGGUAGUGCACUCGGGUUAUUUGGAGUGAUUGUGGGAAUUAUUAUGUCAGCUCAGGCAUCAUGGCCGUCAAAAAUAUAGGGUGAUUUGGUAUUUUUGUGGAUGCCCGACAAUCUUUCUUUUUCCAAACCAUUAUAUUUUUUGUGCCCCAAAUUCUGUAUCUAUUCCAUCAAUUAGGUUAGUAAGUUUAUGAGUUCUGGUGUGAAAAUGCUUUCUUGUGGCAUCUUUACUGCCCAUGUUCCUACAAAAUAGGGCAGAAUUUAAUUAGCAGAAUUGAUAUUGUGUAUGAUUUCGAAUCUUGAGAACAGACCUCUUACCUAAUUUAAACAUGAUCGAAUUGCCCAAAGAAAAGGAACUGCUAAAAAUAUUUUGUUUA